AUGACAUUUUAUGAUAUUCACCACAUAUGUGAGGAACACGAUGCAAGAAUACUGGCAGACAGAUACCCAAACCGCGAGUCAUCAGUCAAAGAUGUUUUGCACCUCUACUUUCUCAACACCGGCUGGGCACGUUUCGGAAGCGAUCUCCUGUUUGGCAAGACGGGCAUUUGCCUCUUCGAUCCUCCGGGGGUCUCGCAAUCCCAAAAUUCUCUUUUCGGCUGUUUCAAGGUCUCCCGUCGCGACUUUGAUGCUUCGAAGGAUAGAUUCUAA